UUAUUCUCAGAGACCAUCUGUCAAAGAUGCGCCUCCUCAGUCCCCUGGUGCUCUUCGUCGCUGGGACCCUCGCGUCGCCUGUAUGGCGCGUGCAUACGACCUCACAACCAUCAACAACACUCGACUGGAUCACAAAGUGGUUUUCUGGAGAGACUGCCGCGAGACAAGGAGAUGACCCCAACGCAAAUUGGCUCUGGGGUUGGGGUUGGACAUGGAGCGAGAGUGUCAUCACGGUCAUGCAGGACAACUCGACAACAACCUUCUCCUCCCGACCUGCUGCAUUCGGUCUGCGGAUCGUGAAUGCACCUGGUCUGUCCGGUCACCUCAUCCCAACUUCCCAGCUCCUUCCUCACUGCCCAACUGCCGCCUACUCCUGCCCGAAAAUUUGCCCACACUACCCAUUCCCUCGGCUGGAGAACGAAGGUUGGAUCGCGCUCGUUCAGCGAGGUGAAUGCUCCUUCGUCGAGAAGGUGCGCGAAGCCCAGCGGCUGGGCGCAGUCGGCGUCGUCGUAGGAGGGCGAGAGAAGGGUAGAGAUGAUGACCUCAUCACCAUGUACUCGCCUGGUGAUGCAACCGACAUCGGCAUCCCGAGCUGCUAUGUUACGUACGAGAGCUAUAGGGGCUUGAUGAACCUCUGGGAGAAGAGCAAUGAUACCACACCAAGCGGAUAUAAGGCGCUUGAUCUCUUGCUGGGAGAGGACGAGGCUUGGCAAUGGCCCGUCUUCACAUUCUCCCUUCUCCUACUCCUCCCUUCCAUCCUCACCCUUCUCACCCUUGUCGUCCAUCGCAUCCGCCAGCAGCGCGCCGAAGUCCGGGAACGCGCUCCGGAAGACAUAGUUUCCAACCUUCCUACUCGAGUCUGGAACGGUACCCACUGGGACAAGGACGAAACCAGCCAUGACAUCGAGACUGGCGAAGCGACACCCACCGUAGAGAUUGGAAAGCACAAGAUGCACUGGGCGUGGUUUGAGACCCAAGUCGAGUGCGCGAUCUGCUUGAGCGCGUUUGAGCGCGGCGACCGUGUGCGCGUAUUGCCGUGUGGUCAUGUUUUCCAUAUUGAAGAGAUCGACGGUUGGCUAGUAAAACAGAAGAAGCUGUGCCCGAUUUGCAAGACUGAUGUCACCCAACCACCUGUCACCCCACCCACAUCCCCAAGCAUCCGUGCUUUCCCCCGUGCUGUCCAUCGUACCGAUACCCCCACGGAGCACACACCCCUGCUCGCCGUCCCUGUGUCCCGUGGUCCACCUGCAGCACCGUUCGCUGCCCUUCCCCCUAUCCUCCCUGCACCUCUACCUCCAGCCGCGGUCUCACAAUCCUCUUCCCCUUCCCCUAACCUUACUCGUGCCACCGCAAGCGAACCGACGACAUCCGCUCAGCCUGACACAUCUGGGACAUAGACAGCUUCUGUACACC